CAAGUGACUGACAUACCAGCCAUACACGACACAGUUACCACACAGCUGCCACACGGUAGACGAGAUAUGCUUCUUUCCUUCUUGCUGCACCCCUAUCACAACCCUGCGGCGAGCAGGGUCCGAUCUGCAGCGCGAUUCUCUUUCAUCAUCGGCGACUUCUCCCGCCACACACUCGCAUGUGGCGAGUGGGGGGUCCCCUGCUUCGACCGCCGAUGCUCACAGGCUCAUUGAUUACACCUUCCUGACCUUGUGAUGUCCUAACCCCCCCGCCAAGGUGUGUAACCGCUGGCUUCUGCUGCACAUGUUUACGAUAUCGUCCAAGGAGGGUGUUCUCGGGAGGCCAGAGGCGUGCCUCACUGCACCCCUGUCACGGCAACUUAUGAAAGUAUAGGAGCUUUUUCUCCAUUUGGGACCCCUACUGAUAGAGGAGAAAGGGCGCGCGGUGCCUGACGCGGGAAGUGGAGCGGAAAGCGGGUGGGUGUCCGACGUCGAAAUUUAGAUCGUCCCAUGAUCGAGGUAACCGUAGCACCAUCCCCGCUGUCAGGAUGGACAAGAGCCCUAUGGGCUGGCUGAGGCGACUCGCCAAGGCGUCGGACAUACGCAUUGCUUGUGGUGGUGUUGAUGCUGAAGAACGCGCGUACUGCGGUGAGUCCCGCGCGAGGUGCGCUGCGCUCAGGUUAUUGUUAGAACUCUUGGCGGGAAAAGUACACAAUAGUGGUGGCACUUCUGCAAUUCAGGUGGCGAAGGCCUUGGAUCUCUGGCUGGGCAGCCUGGGCCGCGCCCAGUGCUGAGAUGGAUGCUGUCCUGACCAACCGCCCUACUCCCCUUCUGGUGCACGAGCGAGCGUGGUGCUGGCGAUGUGACGCCAGUCGGACGAUCCGUCACUUGCGCGCACCCGGACAGCCGGACUAGCUGAGUCGCAAUGUGGGCUCAAGUGCUGCUGCCGCAAUAGAACUGGUUGGCAUAUGCCCAAGGACCUGGAACGCGGUGGAGACUCGGACGAACACCUCGAAUUAGACACUCCACGGGGCAGUGUCGUGUUUUGACCAGGGGCCCGGACCAACCAGAAUCAUGGACGUUUCCAGGAAAUCUAACUGCAUCACCGUG